GUGUGGAGUGGGGGUUGGUGUUUCCUGAUGCUAAUGGAGAAUACCAGUCUCCCAUUAACCUAAACUCAAGAGAAGCUAGAUACGACCCCUCACUGCUGGAUGUCCGCCUGUCUCCAAAUUAUGUGGUCUGCCGGGACUGUGAGGUCACCAAUGAUGGACAUACCAUUCAGGUUAUCCUGAAAUCAAAAUCAGUUCUUUCAGGAGGACCGUUGCCUCAAGGGCAUGAAUUUGAGCUGUAUGAAGUAAGAUUUCACUGGGGGAGAGAAAACCAGCGUGGUUCUGAGCACACGGUUAAUUUCAAAGCUUUUCCCAUGGAGCUCCACCUGAUCCACUGGAACUCCACGCUGUUCGGCAGCAUCGAUGAGGCUGUAGGAAAGCCACACGGCAUCGCCAUCAUUGCCUUGUUCGUGCAGAUAGGGAAGGAACAUGUUGGCCUGAAGGCUGUGACUGAGAUCCUGCAGGAUAUUCAGUAUAAGGGGAAGUCCAAAACAAUACCCUGCUUUAACCCUAACACUUUAUUACCAGACCCUCUGCUGCGAGAUUACUGGGUCUAUGAAGGCUCGCUUACUAUCCCACCUUGCAGUGAAGGCGUUACCUGGAUAUUAUUUCGAUACCCUUUAACUAUAUCCCAGCUACAGAUAGAAGAGUUUCGAAGGCUGAGGACACAUGUUAAAGGGGCAGAGCUCGUGGAAGGCUGUGAUGGGAUACUGGGAGACAAUUUCCGGCCCACUCAGCCACUGAGUGACAGAGUCAUUAGAGCUGCAUUUCAGUAGCACAGAGAGCUGGAACAAGCCCAUCUUCACUGGGGAGGAAGACAGUGGUUUGGUGGUGCCCUUGGAUGAGCAGUGGAAGAUCCUGAGCUGCAGCUAUGGGUCACCCACACAGCCUGCGUUGUUUUUUUUCAUCUAAUCCAGCUUCGGUGGACAUCUGAGACAGCUGCCUGUACACGUGGUGUAAUGAAAUAGUAGAGAUGACUGCACGUUCAGAAGAAACCCCAUAUUAUGUAUCACAUCACUAUUGCUAGCAUUCAUAUUUUUGCAGUACUGUUUAUUGAUUAUGUGUAGAAGUGAAACUAGUUUUCAGAGUGGUUAUUAAUAUGAAUAUAUAUCAUGUAUUAAUAUUAAUAGGAAAAAUACAUUCCCAGUGUUAGUAGUCCCUCAUUUUCUGCUCCAACAGAAAAUUUAUUCAUUCAAAGUCUAGUGUAAUUCUUGAUAAUAAAAUAACGGUUCUGAUCAAGAACAGCCUAGAGCUUAAAAUAUACUGUGAAAGAUUAGUAAAAAUCACGUGUCGUGUUAUUUUUCAGUACCCAUACCGAAAUUAAUGUCAGCCUGGUUUUCCAAGAAACACAUAUUGGGAGUUAAUGCAAAAAUAUAACACACACUUUCUAUAUUUCUUGAAGGAUUAAUUAAAUAUAUGAAUCUAAUACAUUUAUUUGACAAAUCUGAAGCUGUGAGUUCUAAAAAUUUGAGGAAGGUGUAAGAAGUAAAUAGAACAAAAAGAAGGUAGAUACAACAUACCAGGGAUAGCUUUAUUUUUCACAAAUAGAUGUAUAAGUUUAAUAGUAUCCUAUUGAAUUCGGUGUUCUACACUUUGUAUUUAUUUACACGUUAAAGUAUUUUAUUCUAUAGAUUACACUUUGCUAUGUUAAAAAUUUCUUUUAAUGAUGACCAACAAUUCCUUACCUAAAUUCAUUUGAAAUGCUCCUAGCAAAUGUAAAGAUAUGUUUACUUGCAGAAUGAGAUAAUUUAUGUGAAGCAGUAGAGUGCCUGGCACAAAGCAAGUACUUAAUAAAUAUUAUUUGUUGUUAUAAUCAUUGCUGUAAAACUGCUGAUUUCAAUAGCAUAGUCUCAGUUUGGAGGGAUUUUGUGAUGCAAAAGAGCCAACUUAAAGGUGGGUGGGGUAAGUAUGUGUUUGGAGGUUUCUGAUUUGUUAAGUAGAGCCUGUAUUAAUGGGAACAUUAAUAUAAAUAAAAUUGCAUCAACUAUUCCUGA